AAAAUUCCGUAAACAUCUAAACAUUCUAACGCGAUGAAGUGGACCACACUGCUUCUCCUGCUUGUUCUUCUUCCGGCGCGGCACGGCGAGGCAGCCAACAUACUGCUCGUGUCGGUGUUCCCGGGCGUGAGUCAUUGGCUGAUGUUCGAGCACAUCAUCGGCGAGUUGCUGCAACGAGGUCACACCGUGACGGCCAUCACCAGCUACCGGCUGCGAGGGGUGGAACCGAAUCGGACCGACCCCGGCUACCGCGAGGUGUUGAUCGAUCCGAUCUACGACUUCGAGUCGAACGGGCUGCCGAUGGAGGUCUUCUUUAGGUCGCAAUCGUUCAGCAAUCCGUUCUUCAAGAUGUCCAUCCUGUGGAAGCUGGGCCUCGAGACGACCGAGCAUGCGUUCGAGAGUCCGAUCGUGCAAAAGUUCCUGCAAACGAAGGGUUUGCACUUUGAUCUGCUCAUUGCCGAGCAGUUCGUCCAGGAGAGCUUCCUGAUGCUGGCGCAUCAGUAUCGAGUGCCGAUCGUGACCAUCAACACUCUUGGCCACGCGGACUACAUAGACCGGGCGUUCGGGUUGAUAACACCGUGGUCCUUCGUGCCACACUUCAUGCUGCAGUACGGCGAUCAGAUGACGAUUGCGGAGCGCGCCUACAACGUGAUGCUGUCGGCGUGGGGUGCGUUCCACCGGAAGUUCUACUAUCUCCCGGCCCACACGGCACUGGCCGAGAAGCACCUUGGCCACUUGCAGGCUACCACCGGUGGUUCGCUGCCCUCGCUUGAAGAUCUGGAACGGAACGUGAGUUUGGUGCUGGUGAACAACCAUAUCGUCUCGUCCCGGCCGAGGCCACACAUGGACGGGAUGAUCGAUAUCGCCGGGCUGCACAUCCGGCAACCGAAGCAGCUCCCGGCUACGGUUAAGACCUUCCUGGACGAAGCCACGCGUGGUGUGGUGUACAUAAACUUCGGUACGUUCAUGCGCAGCUCCGGCAUGCCGGAGGAAACGCUUCAAGUGUUUCUGACCGUGUUCCGCAACCUACCGCACGCGCGAUUCCUGUGGAAGUGGGAAGCAGAGACGGCGCCAGCGAACCUCCCGCCGAACGUGCUGCUCCAGAAGUGGCUGCCCCAGAACGACGUGCUGGCCCACCGGAACGUGCGGCUGUUCGUAUCGCACGGUGGCCUCUUCGGGACGCAGGAAGCCAUCUACUGGGCCCGCCCGAUGCUGUUCGUGCCGUUCUACGGCGAUCAGCACAGCAACGCACUCAAGUUCGAGCAGGCCGGCCUCGGGCUCACGCUGCGCAUUAUCAAUGUCACGGUCUCGGAGCUGGAGUCGAAGAUUGAACGGAUCACGGGCGAACCCAGCUUCCAGCGCAACGCGGACCGGCUGUCGGCCAUCUUCCGCGAUAACCCAACCGAUCCGCUCCGGGCGGCCUUGUUCUGGAUCGAGUACGUUUUGCGGCACCGUGGCGCUCGGCAUCUGAAAUCAGCUGCGGUGCAACUGCCGUGGUACAAGUACCUGCUGCUGGAUCUACUGGCGGCCAUGUUGCUGGUGCUGGGAAUGGUUGUGUGGAUGCUGAAGAGGCUGCUAAGCUACCUGGCCAGGUUGUUCGUUUCCAGGCGGUCGGAUAAGGUGAAAGUAAAUUAA